AUGGCUUCCAGCAUGGAUCAAAUCUCUCUUCCCUCGUCUAUUGGACGCUUUAUUACUCACCGCAGAACAAAAUCCAGCGGUAACCCCGCCGGCCAGGACACACCCAUCGCCAACACAUCCUCCCCAAAUGGCAAGGCCUGGCUUCCAGUUGUUAAACGCAAAGCAGUACCAUCACCUAUUGCUGUCCGCAGACUUACUUCUCUCACACCACAACCUUUCUCGCUUCCUAUCAGCCGCCCUCAACCUAUUACACCGGACAACUUUGAGACGUACUACCCUCGCAACAACAGCGACAACGCUUCCAUCACAUCAAAUGAAUCCGGAAGCUCAAGGUAUUCUUCCAAUGCAUCAUCGCCGGAACCCAGCCCUCAAAGAUUUAACAUUCCUGGUGCUAUGCCUCCUGCCAGACCAGCCCGACCAGAGCAGUCUCUCUACGAGACCGCGGAGGAGGAGCUUCUCCUCAAGUCUCCCAUGGCUCCUAGCCUUAGCUCGCCAUCAAGAACUCCCCCUUCAGGGAGUAGAACUGAUUUGGACAUUAUCGUUAGCCCUCUCUCGGACAACAGCAGCCCUACAGGCAUCGAUGACAUCAUCACUCAAAGAUAUGAGACAACCGUCGAAGGACCCGCACCUACCAUGGUCACCCACUCCGUCAAGAAGACGAACUAUCCUCCCGCCAUUCCUACACCCUCCUCUACCACAUCUAUUAGCCGCCGCCCAUCCGUAAAGAAGCCAAAGAAGGCUCGUGUUUCCCUCCGCAUUGGCCGAACUGCUACCCAACGCAGCAGCAGCUCACGCAAGAAGUCAACAAAGAAGAAGCCUGCCAAGAAGAUUGGCGAAAAGCUGGGCUGGCCCAAGCGAUUCAAUACCAAGGCUAUUCGAAUUACAGUAUCUGAGAGCGUCUCUGAUCUCAUUAGCUCAGGUCGCUCCAAACGCCCUGAGAGCCUUGUCUUGGAUGAGACGGCCGCUGCCGCCGCCCAUGCUGAUUACCUCAAAAACGACAUUGCCGAGUGGACAAGAGAAUCCCUAUUCCUUGAGACUGGCAAAUGGCCUAUGGACUCGAAUAGACCGUCACCCCUUUUCAGUCCCAGCCCUGGUUCUACCCUCCCUGUUCCUCAAGACACUUUCCAUCUUGAGGAACAGUACCCCCGCAACCUAGCCAGAACUGCAGCCAAGGUCAAUGAAAUUGCUCCAGCUGUAACAGAAGUGCCUCCAGUGGUACCUCCCAAGCACAGCCGACCGGCUGCCACGCCUGUCGCCUUGGAGCCUAUGCCCGAGGCUAAGCCUGUGGUUGUUGAAACACCUGUGGCUGUCCCAGAGCCAGCGAAGCCUGCUGAGCCUGUCGAGACCUUCACAGCUCCUCCCCCUCCUGUGAAGAACCCAGCUAGGUUUGCUGCACGCAUGAACAUGACACAGCUGCCUACGAUUCCAGAGAAUCUCCUGUCACCGACCUCCACCAAGCUUGGUGCAUUUUCUCGCCUGGCGUCUGUUCAUGGCUUAAAGAAGGCCGGUCCUUUCCGCAAGGGUACUCUCCGCUCCCGCGGUACCGUGCACCUGAUCCCCAGAAAGAAGAUUGGCCAGAACGGCGACGUCAACUGGUCCGAGUUCCAGCUCGCUAUUAUGUGCGGUGCUGGCGACUUGAUCUCUGGUAUGGCUGAGGAUGAGGCCCGCGAGUUUGCAGAUGACAUGGCGGACUGGUUUGACACCUUUGGCUUCGACUCUCAUGGCGAGCUUGUCCCAGACGAUCUGGAAGAAGACGUCACUUACAUCCCGCUGCUCAACAUUUCCUCUGGAGAGUCGAGCGCCUCUUCCAUUGCUUCUGACGAGGUGGACUUCCCCAUCCCCGUCAGCACCUUGCUUGAGGAUCAUAUUGUCGGCGCCAUCAACAGCCGAUCCAGCUCUCCCGACUCGGACUACUACAGCUUUGACCCUGAGUCUCUGGUUGGCCCUGAGAAGCUGACCGUAUCCCGCCGGCUUUCGUCUCGCUUCCAGAUGCAGAAGCGAUCACGAAGCGUAUCCCCGGUUGAGGACAUUGAACCUGCCCAAGACUCGCCCAUGUCUUGCAACAUGAACAACGACUUGGGCCAGUUUUUGGAAUGGAACCCCUCCGCCAUGUAUGCUGCUCCUUCGUACGAGUCGCCUGACGACGUGUGCGUUGAGAACAUUUGGUAA